UCCUGAAAACACAUGGCUAUUUGUUAUAGCCAUGUUAUAGUAUAACAUAUUAUAUUAUAACAUACUCUGUCCCAGGGGCAUGGCCGUGUCAUCUUCCAGUGGUGUCACCAAGCAAAAGUGUGAGCCCACAGCCCUGAGGAGCCUGUUGCUGGUUCUGUGGUGCAGCUCUGGCUUUGCGACAGGACUGAGUCCUUUUAGGGGGUGGGUCUCUAGCUUGCUGUAAAACCCUAAUAAAGGCAAGACUGAAUAUUUUUAAACGGAUAGUGAAAAUCAGCUCCUUUAUUUCAGUGCAACUGUUUGUGACCUAUUUCUGCUGUUCUGUUCCAGUGAGGUGGCCAGGCUCAUGGAUAGAGCUGGUAGCUGCUGUUAGACCAAAUGAGUAAGCUGGAGGGGUGAGGGGGAAGCUUCCUCUCAGGGUCUGAAAUAGGAGUAUGCAACCUAUGAACAACUAUCUUAAGUGUAGUCACGUUAACAGGUGAGGUGGUCUGAGGAAAAAGGUGGUUGAUAACCAGUGGAGAAGAAGAGAUAUUAGCCAAGGAAGAGGUGGUGACACUUAGCUUCUUGGUAACAGGGAGGAAGACUCCACUAUCCAGGACCUGUUGGAUUAGCUGCAAGGCACGGUGUAAGGCGGCGUAUGAAUCAGGAUUAUCAGUAGGAGUUUGUCCUGGGAAAACUCCAGCGUACUCCAGCAAUUGUGGCAGGAGAGUUCUCUGUUAUUGUAGAAGGCCAUUAGUCAUUCAUAGAAUGAAUUGACAACUCCAUUAGCAAAAGAUAAAGGAAGGAAGAAAGGAUGGGCUCGUGGCUGAGGAACUAGCGUGGGACCCAGGAGAUCAGUAUUUAACUCUGCCACAAACUACCUGUGUGAGCGUCACAAGUAACCAGUCUCCUUGAGAACAUUAAAGGUGAAGAAGAGUUCACUCACGAUGGCUGCUGAGUUGGAUUUCUCCCCACCUGAAAUCCCUGAGCCCACAUUCAUGGAGAAUGUGCUACGCUACGGACUCUUCUUUGGAGCCAUCUUCCAGCUUAUCUGUGUGCUGGCCAUAAUCCUGCCGGUUUCAAAGUCCCAUAAGACAGACUCGGACAGUUUCGAGCCUAAGAAUUCAGAGACAGUGAAGAAGCCAAAGGCAACUGCUCCACAGAUAAGCAAGAAACCCAAGAAGGAAACCAAAAAGAAACGAUAAAGGCAUGACCGAUGAGCCUCAAAAGAAAAAAUAAUCACCUAUAAUCAUGCUUCCUCGGAGAUGACAUCAAAGGCAACUAACUAUAAAAUGGUUUUCUGGCAUUGCCAUGCUUUAGCUUUCAGGGACAAGGGAGAAGGAACUUACAAGAGUGGAAGGGGUGGGGUUCUGCCAUAGAUUUCUUACAAGCAAAGAGGACUUCAUUUGACAUGAUUAAUGUGUCAGUCACCAUUAAAGUAACUUCUGUCAUUUCUGAUGGGUAGAGAGGACUGUUGUCCUAGCUCCUCCAUGCUGCCUCAGAUUUGUAGUAAAGUCCCUGUGGAAGGUGGAGCAUGGGUUUGCUACUUUGGAUACCGGUUUGUGUUGUAUUUUUUGAAAGCAGAGGGAUCAAAUGGAUCAAGGAUACCACACUACACAGCUUUGUAUUCAUCUCUGUUGUCAUCUAGUCUGAAAUACAUAGAUGCGUUUUAUGGCUUAAUAA